AUGCAAAGCGAUAAAACAAAUAUUGGCAAUUCCAGCGAAAAAACGCACAGUUGCAGGAUAUGCUCGGAGGCGGACUCUGAAGAGAACAAGCUGAUUUCACCGUGCAAGUGCAUAGGAAACUUAAAGCACAUGCACCCUGCAUGCAUUAUUGAGUGGAUAAAAAAAGCCCAGAGUCAGACAUGCUUGUUUUGCGGGCACAAGAUGCGGAUCCGGCGAGACUACACAAAAAACUAUGGGUUCACGCCGGGCUUUCUUUUUCUGUGCAGGGCGUAUGCAAAGGACCUUGUAUGUGCCCGCCUGAAGAGGGCAAAGGAUGCGCUCUUUGAGCUGUCCCACCUAUUGGGGCUGGGGCUUUUCGGGAGCCUGGGCCUUGGGCUUUUCUCCCUGCGUAAGGCCGCGUCUCUCCUUGAGGUCUUUCUGUGCCUCCCUUUGCUGACAUUUUCGGCGCGCAAGAGCAUGGACCAGCAGAAGAAGCAGAACACGUACACUGUUCUGGACACGCUGACCAAGCUAAACAUGUUCAAUGAGGGAAAAAAGCCGCUUGCAGACAUAUACAAAAGAAAGUGCACUUUGGACAAAGACCAGAAGAGAAACAAAGAAGACGAGGAAAUCAGGAAGAUUCUGGACAUAAUUGUCUUUGAGGACGACAGCGAGGGGCUUUUGGAGCAAAAAACCUGUUUCAGAGACUUUGCGGUGUUUUUCUUUUUCCUGGGGGCUGCGUGCGUGUUCUCUUAUUUUGCUAACCCUUUCGACGCGGUUGGGCCUGACUUUGUCUUUGGGCGUGUCUUGGCUCCUGCAGGCGGACUUUUGCUUUGCCUGUACUUUCUUUUGCUUUUUGCAAAGCAUGUGACUGCAUGGAUGGAAAGGCCCAAAUGGGGCAUAAACACUGCAUUCGUGCUUAUUAGGAUUUUGUACAUUUUCUUGCUGAGGUUUGGGAUGCUUCCGUACUGCAUUGUAAACAUCGUUGGGGGGUUCUUUGUGCAGCCAGUUUUUCGCGCUAUUCGGGAAAUAGGCAGCUUUUUCAUGGCGCAUCGGGUGCUGAAAGUUCUGGGGAUAGAGCUUGGCGUGCCCGUAGAAAGUGCUUUGUGCGCGCUGGUUGAGAAGCACCCGCGCCUUUCCAGCGGAAUAUUCAUUUUGCUUGGGAACCUGUCGAUUUUUGUAUUUGAGAAAGCCUGCAUGCGAUUCCCUGGGGCAAUUCGCCCUGGGUUUCUGCCGUGGCUGUGCCCUUUAAACAUGUCGAUGAACAGGCUGGUCAAGGACAGCAUGAUCAUAAAUAUACAGGGAUACAUUGCACUGAUUGUAUUAAUGAUGUGUGUGGGGUUUAUGCUAUGUGUUCCUGUGGAGGCUUUGUGCUUUCUGAUUCGGCGCGGGUAUCUGAUUUCCUUGAGGCCUUAUCGGAUGACGUGGGUGGAGGCUCUUCCGUGGUUCUACUACUACGUCCCAAUAGUAGAUCUGUUUGCGCAUGGAAGAAUAGCCCAGCGGUGCUUUCAGCAGAUGGCCUUUGUAUUUACACGCUGCUCAGCGCGUGCUGUGCAGUAUCUGCAGAUAGAGUCUCUUUUGUUUGAUGGGCCCCUGCCGAAAGCAGGCAUGGACAUGCGGUAUCUUCGGUACCUGCCGUGCAACAACGAAGUUCCAUAUUGCAACGACGAGGUGUGUGUGCGAAAGAAGCUUCUGGUCACAAAGGGGGAAAAAGACCUCUACUUUGACGAGCACGGCCAGAAGAAGGGAGUGUGCAUGGACAGGUUCCUGGAGUCUGGGCUGAACGAAAUUGGGUGGAUAAACAACCUGGCUGCAGCCUCUCGGGCUGAGCUUAUGUUCAACCCUUUCUACUCAGUGUUCUAUGCUCCGCCUGGCGCGCUUCUUAGAGUGGUCCUGUAUGUUUUGUUUGUGUUCUCUCUGUUCAACGCUUUCCUUCUGGGAACACUUCUGUCGCUGCACAGCUUUUUUGUUGCAAUUGAAAACAUGCGAAGAGAGUUUCCGGUUGCCCAGCCGCAUGCCUGGCAAAAUACCCUGCAGAUCGGAAAAGGCGCUGGGCUGGUUUUUGGCGUGGUGUGCAGCCUCCUGUGCUUUUUCUACAGAGGCCGGAGAUUCCUUUUUUACAAGAGCAUACUCCAGUCUGUGCAAAGAUGUGCUGUUUUGACGAUGGUUCCGGCGGUGGCCAUGCUGUGGCACGUCGUGGCCAAGGAGGCCGUGUUUGACCUUGCAGCAGCCUUCGGAUACGCCAGCCUGUUCACCCAAAAAAACACGUACAAGUCUGUCUGGGCGCUCUCCUACUUUGUAGGGCUAGGGUACAUCGUUGGGGAGUGGCCCUUCCACCUUCUAGCACUGCUUGAAAACUGCGUGUUUCUGCUGAUUUUUGCGGGAGUGUGCACUUUUUCGUCCUUGGAGCGCGCGCUCAGUGCUCCUCUGAGAGCGGCUAUGCUAGUGCUCUUUGUAAUGCUUCCCAUACUUUCACAAAAAGCCGUUCUUUCGGGGAAAGAGAUGGCCUGUGGGCUGUGGAGGCUUCCCGCAAAAAUCAAGUCCAAAAUACUUUCGCACGGCGCAGAAAUAGUCCUGUGCAACGACGUAUAG